AAAUAAUUCAAAUUUUGAAAUAAACUUUCAGAAAAAGUCAUGCCCGAGAGAGUAUCACCCACAUUACUGAAUUUACCUAUAGCAGUCGCUAAGCAGGUGUUGGAAAAAUUGGAGCCCAUGGAUCGCCUGACCUGCCGAAAAGUGUGCAAAAGUUUGCGGACCGCCAUCGAUACCAUUGGAAUUAAUUUUGACUCAAUAACUUUCGAAGUGGAAGAUGAUUACGUUAAAAUUAUUAUCAAAAAUCUUAUUAUCCACUAUACAAACUCAGAAAUUGCGGUAGAUACCGAAAAGAAAAAAAUCAUAAAAACACAAGACUUCAUGGAAAGAGCUCUCAAGGAUUUGGGGACUUUAAUAAAAUAUGCAAAAAUGUUGAGGAUCAUGGAAAGGGAAUUCCACGAAGACGUGACACCUUUGCUAGAAGUUUUAGAAUCCAAAAAACCGCUGUUUGCACACCAAAUCAUACUUUAUGCUUUUCGGCUCAGUGAGAUUCAAUCUAUUCUACCGUACUUCGAUGCUAAAUCACUUACGGGUAUUAUUUUGUGGGAUAUUCCUGAAGAACCCGAUUCAAGUCAUUAUUUCGAACAGAUUACUCAGUUGGAGCAGUGGAAAAGUGCAAAGUUUCUUCUUUUUCGAGAUUUCUCCUUCGACAAUCUUCCAUUCGAACAGUUAUUCCACUUUGAGAAAUUCAUCAUUGAGCUGGAAACUUUAACAAUCGAACAUGCUAUCAAGAUUAGAGAUGAUCUCAUGAAAAGAGAUACAUUCCGAGAAUGUACCAUCUGGUUCAAAGACAAUGAUUCAUUCGACGAAAUAUUUUCACCGGAAUUGAACGAGCGUUUCACAAUUCGUUUUGAAGAGGAAGAGGAUUUCGAAUUUGGAUAUGAGAGCGAAUUUAAAUUUUUUGUGAAGAGAAAUUGAAUUAUUUGUUUUAAUAUUGAUUUUUUGUCUGAAAAUUGUCUAUUUCAAUAAAUUUUUACUUUAGAGA